AGCUCAUGGCUCGUCUCACUGUUAAACGACGCCAGGCUCUUCGUGGUCCUGCCUAUAUGUUCUCUGCUCCGUCAUUCAGCCUGUCAGAGAUUGAGCAACGCUUCCUGGAGGCAGCUGAAUACGGCAACAUACCAGAAGUGCGGCGCAUGCUGCUCCAUGUGCCCAACUUGAAUGUCAAUGCUGUGGAUUACAUGGGCCAAAAUGCACUGCAGCUGGCUGUAGCCAACGAGCAUCUGGAGGUGACGGAGCUGCUGCUGGGAAGGGCAGAUUUGGCCAGAGUGGGUGAUGCCCUCCUGUUAGCCAUCAGUAAAGGUUAUGUUCGUAUCACUGAGGCCCUGUUGGGUCACCCUUCAUUUAGAGAUGCCCGUCGUCUGACAGCGAGCCCUGCUCAAGCAGACAUGUUGGAUGACUUCUAUGCUUACGAUGAGGAUGGGACGAGGUUUUCUCAUGAUGUGACUCCGGUGAUCCUUGCAGCACACUGCCAGGAAUAUGAAAUAGUGCACACACUGCUGAGUAAAGGGGCUCGCAUCGACCAUCCUCACGACUACUUCUGCGGCUGCGACUCCUGCAACUACCAGCAGCAAUUUGACUCCUUCAGCCACUCGCGAUCCAGGAUCAAUGCCUACAGAGGACUUGCCAGUCCUGCUUACCUCUGCCUGUCCAGUGAGGACCCAGUACUGGCAGCCCUGGAGCUCAGCAAUGAACUAGCCAUGCUGGCUAAUAUUGAAAAAGAAUUUAAGAACGACUACUGCCGUCUGUCGGGCCAGUGUAAGGACUAUAUGGUGGGCCUUCUGGAUCUGUGUCGCAGCACAGAGGAGGUGGAUGCCAUACUGAGUGGAGAAGGUGACUGCGAAGACAGCUAUGACCUACCAGGUCGCCCCUCCCUCAUGCGGCUCAAAUUAGCCAUCAAAUAUGAACUCAAAAAGUUUGUGGCUCAUCCUAACUGCCAGCAGCAGCUGCUGAGCAUCUGGUAUGAGAAUCUGCCCGGCCUGAGGCAACAGACCACUGGGAUCAAACUGCUGGUGGUCCUGGCAGUGGUGAUAGGACUGCCAGGAUUGGCUCUGGCUUACUGGAUUGCUCCGUGCAGCAGAGUGGGGAAAGUGAUGCGCAGCCCCUUCAUGAAGUUUGUGGCUCAUGCCUCGUCCUUCACAAUUUUCCUGUGUCUUCUCAUCUUGAAUGCUGCUGACCGCUUUGCAGGCACUACCCUCUUGCCAAACAUGACCCACCAUCACCACCCAGCAGGAUCCCACAUCACCUCUGACCCACUGCUUCUCUACCGCAUGACCACAACACCCUUCACAUGGAUGGAGAUCCUCAUAAUUUCAUGGGUCAUAGGUAUGAUCUGGGCUGAAGUGAAGGAGAUCUGGAUCCAAGGACCGGGGGAAUACCUGGUGGAACCAUGGAACUUCUUGGACUUUGGGAUGCUGGCGAUCUUCCUUGCCUCCUUCAGCUGCCGCUUUUCUGCUCUGAGACACGCUAACCUAGCCCAGACCUAUGUGCAUAUGCACUACACAACGCUGCUUAAUAUCACACUGCCCCCUGAGAUACACUACUUUACACUAGCACGUAUCUACUGGGUGCCGUCAGAUCCCCAGCUGGUUUCAGAGGGCCUGUACGCCGUUGCAGUGGUGCUGAGCUUUUCUCGGAUUGCUUACAUCCUCCCAGCCAACGAGAGCUUUGGUCCACUGCAGAUCUCCUUAGGGAGGACAGUCAAGGAUAUCUUCAAGUUCAUGGUCAUCUUCAUCUUGGUCUUUCUGGCAUUCAUGAUUGGCAUGUUCAACCUGUACUCUUACUACCUGGGGGCGAAGCAGAAUGAUGCCUUCACCACCCUGGAGGAGAGCUUCAAAACACUGUUCUGGGCUAUAUUUGGACUGUCUGAGGUCAAAUCUGUCAUCAUCAACAACGGACACAAAUUCAUCGAGAACAUCGGUUACGUGCUGUAUGGUAUUUACAAUGUUACCAUGGUGAUAGUGCUGCUCAACAUGCUCAUCGCCAUGAUUAACAGUUCCUUCCAGGAGAUUGAGGAUGAUGCUGAUGUUGAGUGGAAGUUUGCUCGGGCUAAACUCUGGUUCUCCUACUUUGAGGAGGGAAGGACACUCCCUGUGCCCUUUAACCUGGUCCCCAGUCCAAAGUCUAUGCUGAGACUGGUCACAGGUAUCAGGUCCCUGAUCCUGCAGUACGUGGUCGGACGCAAUAAGCAGAAAACCGAGACACAACUCAAUCAGCUUGGAGCAGACAAGAAUUUAGGAUAUGGUGGUUCUACCAGCCCAAGCAGAUAUCAGAAGAUCAUGAAGCAACUGAUAAAGCGUUACAUCAUCAAAGCCCAAGCAGACAGAGAGAGUGACGAGAUCACAGAAGGUGAGCUGAAAGAGAUCAAGCAGGACAUCUCCAGUCUGCGAUAUGAGCUGCUAGAGGAGAAAUCACAGAACAUGGAGACACUGGACGGACUCCUGAGGCGGCUGGGAGAAAUCAAUACAGCUUUAUAAUAGCACUGCCUGUUGCUGUGACUUGUACAUAACACUGUACAUCCCAAAAAGUUUUACGUGCCUGUUCACCACCACUGAAUGUAGAUACUCUAAUAAUGACAAAACUUGAUAUGCUAAAAUAAAACUGUAUGUAUGUAAGUCCAUGAAUAAUAACCCACUUAUCUAAAUAGCAUCAAAGUGAAGAUAACUGGAUCAUUUUGGU